AGUGCUCAGUGGCGGUGUGGGAGGGGCAAGGAGUCAAGAUGGCGGGCGGCAUAGGGAAGCACAAGCUGAUGUCGCUGGGCCCCACAGAGCCCUGGUCUGUGAGGGAGAAGCUGUGUUUGGCCUCGUCUGUGAUGAGGAGUGGAGACCAGAACUGGGUGUCGGUCAGCAGAGCCAUCAAGCCCUUUGCAGAAGCAGGCCGCCCUCCGGACUGGUUCUCUCAGAAGCACUGUGCCUCCCAGUACUCGGAGCUGCUGGAGACCACAGAGACGCCCAAGCGGAAGAGGGGAGAGAAGGGUGAGGUGGUGGAGACUGUGGAGGACGUGAUUGUGCGCAGACUGACAGCAGAGAGGAUAGAUGAGCUCAAGAGGCUGAUCAAAGACACUCAGGAACUGCACAGGAAGCUGAAGAAGGAGGCAGAACUAAUCCAGGCUGGACAUCUGGACAACAAGUUGGAGGAGCUGUGGGGGGAGAUCGUCCUGAAGAAGAAACAGGACGAGGAAGAGGCGGAGCUGAAGCGGAAGGCCACAGAUGCAGCCUAUCAGGCCCGGCAGGCAGUGAAGAACACCCCUAAGCGCGUCCCCAGCGUGACGGUUCGCUCUCCGCUGGGCUCCAGCUCCCCAGGCCUGGACUUUCCCAUGGCCGACCCCCCCCAGCCGGUCCCCGAGGAGGCCAGCGCCAGCACCCCUGGGGCGCCGGUCUUCAUGCCCCUGACAGAGUCAGCAGGCCCCGGGCCCCUGGAGCCCAGCCUGGGGCCUCUCCUAGAUGACUCCCCGCAGAAGAAGGUCCUGGGGCAGAAGGUCACCCCGCCCCCCUCGCCCCUGCUCUCCGAGCUGCUGAAGAAAGGCAGCCUGUUGCCAACCAGCCCCAGACUGGUGGGGGACGGAGACGUACCUGCGGGUCACAUGACUGGAGCAGGUGUGCAUGGGGCAGAUCUUCAGGUCAACGGUCCUGCUAUCCCAGCAUCCCAAGCAGCCACAGGUGCUCCCACGCUGUCUCGGCUGCUGGAGGCCGGCCCCACCCACUUCACCGUGCAGCUCGGCUCCACCCUGCCCACCAGCGCCGAGCCCCCCGGCGCUGCCAGCGCUGUGCCCUCGCUGCCGCAGCCGGACCCCUCCACCCACCUUGCGGACGCCCCCGAGACGCGCGCCACAGGUGCUGACGAGGGGGCCAGCGGGCAGCUCCAGGGCAGCCCCGCCCCGGGCGAGGUCAAGGGCGAGCUGGGAGAGGAGGAGGACCUGGUGGCCGUGUCCUACAUGGGGGACGAGCUGGACCUGGAGACAGUGGGGGACAUCAUCGCCAUCAUCGAGGAGAAGGUUGAUGACAAUGCUGAGGCCCUGGAUGCUGCAGCCGUGGAGGCGGCCCUGUCUCUGUGUGAAGAGGCUGCUGACUCCCACUCCCUCUCAGGCCCCUGGGAGCCCUCCUUCAAGGCCCCCGACCCUGCCACGGCGCCCCCUGUUGGGCCUUCCGUGCACAGCAGCUUGGAGGUCAAGAAAGAGCUGAUCGAGGAGGAGGUGGGAAGAGAGGCAGGGGCUGGGAGCAGGAUGCUCAGCUCUCCCCCUCCCUCGCAGAUAGCCCAGCCUCCUCCAGCUCAGGACAGCACGGCCUCCACCACAGCCCCCUCUCUCCCUCUGCCUCCCCCUGUCACCCCUGAUAAUCCCCUCGCCUCCUCGGGCAGCAACCCAGAGACACUUCACAGAGCUGAGAGCCAGGAGGCAGCCGAGCGUCUCGUCAGAGAGGAGGUCUCUCCCAGAGCCCAUUCCCCCAUAGUCAACAUCAAGUGUGAGAGUGACGACUGGACACAGCCUGGACCCGAGACACACUCCCACUGUGCAGAAACUGUGACAGAGGACAGCUCGGCAUCUGGAAAGGAGCAUGCAAAAGAGGUGAAGGAGGAGGAUGGCGGGAGCGAGGCAGAGGGCAGCAUGUCGGAGAUGAAGGAGAGCGAGGGCGGGGAGGCGUACCUGUCCGAGGCGGAGAUGGAGCGGGCGGAAGGCGAGAGCGAGGAUGGCUACAGUGUCCACAACACCUCGCUGCAGCUGCACACGACAGCGGACUCCAUCCCCAGCAGCCCAGCCUCCUCUCAGUUCCCCUAUUUGAUUUCUGUGUAUUUCUCCAUGCCCAGGUAUGCCAACGUGUUUCUCCAGCCUGUGACGGAUGACAUUGCGCCAGGAUACCACAGUAUUGUGCACAGACCGAUGGAUCUGUCCACGAUCAAGAAGAACAUCGAGAACGGGCUCAUCCGGACCACGGCCGAAUUCCAGCGGGACAUCAUGCUGAUGUUCCAGAACGCGGUGAUGUACAACAGCUCCGACCACGACGUCUACCACAUGGCGCUGGAGAUGCAGAGGGACGUGCUGGAGCAGAUACAGCAAUUCCUGGCCACUCAGCUGAUCAUGCAGACCUCGGAGUCGGGGAUCAGCGCCAAGAGCCUGAGAGGGCGGGACUCCACGCGGAAACAGGACUCGUCCGACAAGGACAGUGUGCCCAUGGCCUCUCCUGCCUUCCUUCUCUCUCUCUUUUGUCCCUGGAAGAGACGGGGGUCAGUAGAUCCGUCUCUGUGGAAAGGCAGGGUAGAGGUGGGACAGAGCAGGAGCUCUGCCUUGAUCAGAAAGAGGGACAGACAGCAGGCAGGGCAGCAGCAGUCUUCAGGACAGGGUCAGCACAGACAGAGGGGCAGGAGAGGACGGAGGAACCAGGGGCCGGAGGUGUGCCAUUGAAGCUGACAUGAAAAUGAAGAAGUGAGAGUGGGCGGGGAGGAGAGAGAGGCGGAGGGGCGCCGGCGGGCCGUUGGAACAGUGUUGCUCUGGGGGAGAACGCUCCUCACGCCAGUCUCGCUGCCCCCCUCUCGCUCUCCUCCUCUGGCCUGGGCCCCGACUGGGACAUGCAGUUUUCUCUCCAAUUCCCUGUUUCACUUUGUUUUUUAAGUGACUUAUUUUUGUUUCUUCCUCUCUGUCCCGGGACAUCUCCUUGCUCCUUCACUCUGUCCC